AUGUCCGAACUAUUGCCUAUGGCCACCUACAACUUGAACAUUGAGCCCUACUCGCCCACCCCAGCCAUAGACGUCACUGUCCCAGUGACCGUGCGGCUGACUAUGGCCGCCAUCGACCCAGAGUCCCUGGACGAUGAGAAGAAGCCAGCGACCUUGCGUUUGAUCCGCAGAAACCCAGCGUUCGACGACGAGGACGAUUUGCUUGCCGACUCCGAGGAGGAGGAGGAGGAGGAAUCUGAAGAGGAGUCCGAGCCCGAGACCAAGAAGCCUAAGAAGAAGGCCGCCAAGGCCGAGAGCGAGGAGGAGGACAGCGAGGAGGAGGACAGCGAGGGCGAGGACAGCGACGACGAGUUUGAGGAGUUUGUUCUUGCCACCCUAUCUCCAGAAUCGCAGUACCAGCAGACCCUAGACCUGGUCAUCUCCCCAGAGGAGGAGGUGCAGUUCGUGGUCACGGGCUCGUACCGCGUGUCGCUGUCCGGUAACUACGUGCAGCACCCCUACGACGACGAGGACUCCUACGACGAGGACCACGAGGGCUGCGGCGAGAACUGCGCCUGCGACGACGACCACGAGGGCUGCGGCGACGACUGCGCCUGCGACGACGACAGCGACUACGACUUGACCCCGGACGAGGAGGACAUCUUGGACAUGGAGGACGCCAGCGACGUCGAGGCCAAGAUCGAGGAGCUCGUCGAGCAGGAAGAGGCCAACGAGAAGAGAAAGGCCGACGAGGACGAGCCUAAGGCCGCCAAGAAGCAGAAGAAGGACCAGAAGGACACCAAGAAGGACGCUAAGAAGGACGCCAAGAAGGACCAGAAGGACCAGAAGGACGCCAAGAAGGACGCCAAGAAGGAGAAGAAGGUCGAGUUCAAGAAGGACCUGGAGGAGGGCCCCUCCAAGAAGAAGGACGACAAGCCCAAGACCAAGAUCCUCGAGGGCGGCGUCGUCAUCGAGGACCGUGUCGUCGGCUCCGGCAAGGCCGCCAAGAAGGGCGCCCGCGUCGGCAUGCGCUACAUCGGCAAGCUCAAGAACGGCAAGGUCUUCGACAAGAACACCAGUGGCAAGCCCUUCGUCUUCAAGCUCGGCCACGGCGAGGUCAUCAAGGGCUGGGACAUCGGUGUCGCCGGCAUGGCCGUCGGCGGCGAGCGCCGCAUCGUCAUCCCCGCCGCCUACGCCUACGGCAAGCAGGCCCUUCCAGGCAUCCCUGCCAACUCCGAGUUGACCUUCGACGUCAAGCUCGUCUCUCUUAAAUAA